AAUGUGUGUGAGAUUGGCCCCAGGCUCAUGUGUGCCUGUGUGUGACCAGAAUGUGUGUGAGAUCAGCACCAGGCCGGGGUGCGUGACCACCGCUCGGUCUCUGGGACCGUGUGUGCACAGGGCCGGAUCAACACAGAGAGAAACUAGGCACGUGUCUAGGUCCCAAAUUUGGGUGGGAUCGGGGGCAAAAUAUGGGGAGGGAGGUGGUUGUUUUUUUAAACUGCUCCCGUAGUUAUUUCGGUCGUCUGCCCCCGGAUCACAGGCAGCCUGUCCUUUGUCACUGGCAAGCACGCCACCGAACAUCCCGAAUUUCCUGUGCUCUGUAAUUCAGCGUGUCUAGGGGCUGCGUAUGCGGGAGCAUCGAUUCCCCCGCGGUCUCUCCCAGUGUCAGAUUCCAAGGCAGCAUGACAAGGUAAAUGCGGACGCCCAGGUUCUGAAUCAUGCUGGAUCCAAGACAGCGUUCAGCGAGCCCAACCCCUUCACCGAGAUAGCCAUGAACAGCUGCAAGUACAAUGGAGGCGUGGUCCGACCCCUGAGCAGCCUGAGCGCCUCCCAGCGCAACCUCCAUGAACUGGGAGCCGAGACCCAGCCCCUGCAGACCCUCCACAGCUCGGGCCUGGAGGUGGUGGUCUCCAAAACCGAGCAGGCCAAGGAUACAAGCUUGCAGGCGGAAGAGGAGGAGGCGGCGGCGGCGCGCUCCCGGAGCCAGAAGAAGAACCAGAACGUUGGGUACCGGCUGGGCCACCGGCGGGCGCUCUUCGAGAAGCGCAAACGCCUGAGCGACUACGCCUUGAUCUUCGGGAUGUUCGGCAUCGUCGUCAUGGUGACGGAGACGGAGCUCUCCUGGGGAGUCUACACCAAGGAGUCUUCAUAUUCAUUUGCACUGAAAUGCCUUAUCAGCCUUUCAACCAUGAUACUUCUGGGCCUCAUCAUCAUGUACCAUGCCAGAGAAAUCCAGCUCUUCAUGGUGGACAACGGGGCAGACGACUGGAGAAUAGCCAUGACCUACAAGCGGAUCUUUUUCAUCAGCCUGGAGCUGAUGGUGUGCGCCAUCCACCCCAUCCCGGGCCAGUACCUCUUCACCUGGACGGCCCGGCUGGCCUUCACCUACACCACCUCGGUGGCCGACGCCGAUGUGGACAUCAUCCUCUCCAUCCCCAUGUUCCUGCGGCUCUACCUGAUCGGGCGCGUCAUGCUGCUGCACAGCAAACUGUUCACCGACGCCUCCUCCCGCAGCAUCGGCGCCCUCAACAAGAUCAACUUCAACACCCGCUUCAUCAUGAAAACCCUCAUGACCAUCUGCCCCGGCACCGUGCUGCUGGUCUUCAGCAUCUCCUCCUGGAUCAUUGCCGCCUGGACGGUCCGCGUGUGCGAGAGAUUUCUGUUGUCCCCGGUUCAGACCCAUCCGCAAAAUGUCAUGGCUAAACCGCUAAGAGGUUGUAUCAGGUAUCACGACAAACAGGAAGUGACCAGCAAUUUCCUGGGAGCGAUGUGGUUAAUUUCAAUCACGUUUCUCUCCAUCGGCUAUGGCGACAUGGUGCCGCACACCUAUUGCGGGAAGGGGGUGUGCCUGCUCACUGGAAUCAUGGGCGCUGGGUGUACGGCCCUGGUUGUCGCUGUGGUGGCCCGGAAGCUGGAACUCACCAAAGCUGAAAAACACGUGCACAAUUUUAUGAUGGACACACAGUUAACGAAGCGGGUGAAAAAUGCUGCUGCCAACGUACUCAGGGAAACUUGGCUCAUCUACAAACACACCAAGCUGGUGAAGAAGAUCGAUCAUGCCAAAGUUCGGAAACACCAGCGUAAGUUCCUCCAAGCCAUCCAUCAAUUGAGGAGUGUGAAAAUGGAGCAACGGAAACUGAAUGACCAGGCAAACACCCUGGUGGAUUUGGCAAAGACCCAGAACGUCAUGUACGACAUGAUCUCCGAGCUCCAAGAGCGCAACGAGGACCUGGAGAAACGCAUCAACACCCUGGAGAGCAAGAUCGACUCGCUGGGCCUCAGCCUACACGCCCUGCCCGGACUCAUCAGCCAAGCCAUAAGCCAGCAGCAGCGAGAGCUGGCCAAGCGCUGCGCCCCCAGGUUCUGCCCCAUCUCCAACAGCUCCGAGAGGUCCUCGUGGACGCCCACGCGCCGGCGGAAGUCUCCUUCCACCGCUCCCCACACCUCGUCGGAGAGCGGGUGACACCAGGGGGCGGGCCCGGCGCUCGGGCCCGUUUAUGUCUGGCCAUUGUGUGGCUGAUUCUGUUUGCUUUGUUCUGUAAAGCCCUGUACAGUUAAACUCCUGGAGUUCCUCGUG